UGUGGAAGGCAGUCUUUACGGAGGUUCGGCUGGGCCCUCGCCGGCGAGAUUUGGGUAUUUGGGGAAUACGGUUUGCGAGUGUGCACGCUUGGAUUUACUUCCAGCUUUGCGAAGAGCUACAGCGUGCACGGAGCCGUGGUACUAGUGUGUGUCCAGUGCUUAGUCUAUCGGAAGAUCUGUUUCCAGUUUUCUCCUCUGGAGCCAAAUCAGAGACAUCAUGGAGGCUCCUCCAGUUACCAUGAUGCCAGUCACUGGGGGCACCAUUAACAUGAUGGAGUACCUCCUGCAGGGAAGUGUCUUAGACCACAGUUUGGAAAGUCUCAUUCAUCGCCUUCGUGGUUUGUGUGACAACAUGGAGCCCGAGACUUUCCUUGAUCACGAGAUGGUAUUCCUCCUGAAGGGCCAGCAAGCCAGCCCGUUCGUUCUAAGGGCUCGGCGCUCCAUGGACAGGGCAGGGGCACCCUGGCACCUGCGUUACCUGGGACAGCCAGAAAUGGGAGACAAGAACCGCCAUGCCUUGGUGCGCAACUGUGUGGACAUUGCCACAUCUGAGAACCUCACGGACUUCUUGAUGGAAAUGGGCUUCCGUAUGGACCAUGAGUUUGUCGCUAAAGGGCACUUGUUCCGUAAGGGCAUCAUGAAGAUUGUGGUGUACAAGAUUUUCCGAAUCCUGGUCCCAGGGAACACAGACAGCACAGAGGCCCUGUCACUCUCCUAUCUUGUGGAAUUGAGUGUUGUCGCACCAGCUGGGCAGGACAUGGUCUCUGAUGACAUGAGGAAUUUUGCUGAGCAGCUCAAACCUCUGGUUCACCUGGAAAAAAUAGACCCCAAAAGGCUUAUGUGAUUAAGAAAAGUCUGUCCGUCUUUGAGGUCUGUCCUCACCUGAUAGGCUGCUGCCAGUCAGGCAGACUCCCUUCGAGAAACUGAGUGGUUUCCUUCA